AUGACAUUGCAUGAGCAACUUCAAGAAGACGAUGAUGCAGCCAUUCAAUACAACCGCUAUGUGGAGCAGACAGAGGUUGUUGGGAUACUGUCAGUUGCUGAUUUGUGUUCUGCAUACCUAUUUCUGGCAAAAUACAACCUGAAGAAAAGAAAUCUCGAAGCUGCUGAAAUGUAUGCUCACAAGUGUUGUGAAUUUAACGAGGGCAGAGAAGAGGGAAAAGGCCUUCUUCGGCAGAUUUCUAACAGUAGGUCAAUUGGAGAAAGUGAGAGAGAAAGUUCUGAUGCUUAUACCCAAGAGUUGUCGCUUGGAAAUAUAACUGCUGACCAUGAAGCAGUGAUGUCUCCAGUAGCUCCAACAAAUCUCGAUUUCAACACACCAUAGUGAUGGCUUGUGAAACUAUCAACUUGUGAUACAAUUUACAGCAGACAUAGCUAGCUUUGUGCAUACACUUCAGACAUCUCAGAUUUGACUUGCAAAGUUCUAUGUUGGUGAGUAGACAUAGCUCUACAGAAAUCUGGGUAGUAUCUGGAGGUGGAGAUGAAUUGAAUGCCUGAAGAGUCGACAUGGCUGGAAUAAUUUGCAGCUGAGUUCUUCCAAAGUGCAAGACUUAUUUUGAAGCUGCAGAAUAGUCUCUGAUCAGAGUUGUAUUUCCCCUUUAGAUUAUAGUUAUGAUAGCUAAGCCAACUAGCUAAGUCAACUAUGCAGUCGAUGAUAAUGCUAGAACUCCUUCACACCUAAAGAGAAAAUUUUCUACAGUAAAAUUGGUAAGGGCUGGUGCAAGUGUAUAAAAUGUGUGACCACUAGUCACUUAGGACAAUUAAUGCCAGACAAGUUAAGAAAUUAAACAAGAAGAAAACUGCUGUGGCUAAAAAAAACAAUACAUCUGAAAAAGACCCUAUUAGACAUGCCACAUGAGUACAAUUGCCAUUAAAAACACAAACUUGUACAUGUCUUAAAAGUGUUGCUGUUAAGUUGGUACCCAGGGUGAGUUGGGGGGAGGGGGCAGCUGGCCACAUGGUACUGACACCGAUGUGCCACACAUCCUUGGGGAUUACAGAUUGCCAUGUUAGCACCAUGUUUGGUGUCAGUUUGGUUGGAAAUGCAAAUAAAGAGAUUUGGUGUACCGUUCUUGGUACCCUGAAAA